CCCAGUCUGCGGGCGGGAAGGGCGCGGGACCCGGAUGGAACGGAGCCCGGCCGGGCAGAAACCGCGUCUCUGCAGCAGCGUCCGGCUGCGGCGCUCCCCAAGUUCCCGUUCGAGGGUCUGACCUUUGGAGCCGCCGCCUGGACCGGCUCUGACGUCCUGGCCCCAGGCUGAACAGUGAGCGGCUCUGGAGCCUAAAACGGCGCCAAAACGAAGCCCGAGCAUCCUCCCGGGCCUGCGCCUCGGGCUCGGAGACCGGCGGGCGGAGACCUAGCCGAGCCCGCCUUCCUCGCUGGCGACCGUAGCCCUCGGCCUGCGCCAAACUCCGCUCCUAAUAACACCAUCAGGCCCUGUCAGUUAGGAGCAGCGUGUUCUUUGCAUGCAUUCUCAUAAUUAAACCUCCCAACAGCCCUAUAAGGAUAUUGUUAUUCCUAAAUACCACAAAGGAGCAAGUGAAAAUUGGGAGGUUCUAAAAGGCAAGAAAGCCACUUGGGCGCAAUUUUCUGUGGCAUCUCUGGAACACUACCUGAGAAUUCUUGUGUACCAUGUCAAAGAAACGCAAGUGGGAUGAUGACUAUGUCCGUUACUGGUUCACCUGUGCAACAGAGGCUGAUGGAACUCAACGCCCACAGUGUGUGUUGUGUAACUCAGUGUUUUCAAAUACUGACCUUAGGCCAUCAAAACUGUCAGACCAUUUUAACAGACAGCAUGGUGGUAUAGCUGGACAUGAUCUCAGUGGCCUGAAGCCUGUGCCAACACCAUCUGAUAAGAGAGAAACCUUGAAGGCACUCGGAGUUGCAUCUCAUGAGGAUGCCUUAUUACAAGCAUCGUAUCAGUUUGCAUAUUUAUGUGCCAAAGAGAAGAAUCCUCAUACAAUAGCUGAAAAAUUGGUCAAACCUUGUGCACUGGAAAUAGCCCAAAUAGUUUUGGGACCAGAUGCACAAAAGAAGCUUCAGCAAGUACCUUUAUCAGAUGAUGUGAUCCAUUCUAGAAUUGAUGAAAUGAGCCAGGAUAUCUUACAGCAAGUUCUAGAAGAUAUCAAAGCCAGUCCUCUUAAGGUGGGUAUUCAGCUUGCUGAGACAACUGACAUGGGUGACUGCAGUCAGCUAAUGGCAUUUGUACGAUAUAUAAAAGAAAAAGAGAUCAUAGAAGAAUUCCUGUUCUGUGAACCACUGCAGUUAACCAUGAAAGGAAAAGAUGUGUUCCGCCUCUUCAGGGGCUUCUUUCUGAAGCACAAAAUAGCACUUGAUGUAUGUGGCUCUGUUUGUACUGAUGGUGCCUCCUCUGUGCUAGGAGAAGGUUCAGAAUUUGUUGCCUAUGUGAAAAAAGAGGUACCUCAUAUUGUGGUCACACACUGUCUGUUAAACCCUCAUGCACUUGUCACAAAGACGUUGCCUACAAAACUGAGGGAUGCCCUGUUUACUGUGGUGAGGGUAGUAAAUUUCAUCAAAGGUCGGGCUCCAAACCAUCACCUGUUUCAAGCUUUCUUCGAAGAAAUUGGCAUAGAAUAUAGCGUCCUCCUUUUCCAUACUGAAAUGAGGUGGCUUUCCCGAGGCCAAAUGCUUACUCAUAUCUUUGAAAUGUAUGAAGAAAUAAAUCAGUUUCUUCACUACCAAAGCAGUAAUUUAAUUGAUGGGUUUGAAGAUAAAGAGUUUAAAGUUCACCUGGCAUACCUUGCAGACUUAUUCAAACACCUAAAUGAACUUAGUGCCUCUCUGCAAAGGACUGGGAUGAACACAGUAUCAGCUAGAGAAAAGUUAUCUGCUUUGGUUAGAAAGUUUCCAUUUUGGCAAAAAAGAAUUGAGAAAAGAAACUUUACAAACUUUCCUUUCCUUGAAGAAAUCACUGUUUCAGAUAAUGAAGGAGUAUGCAUUGCCCCGGACGUCUCGUGGCAUCUCCAGGAGCUGAGCAGCUUCUUCCAUGGAUAUUUUUCUGUUGGAGCUCUUGAUGAGGCAAGUAAAUGGAUACUGGAUCCAUUUCUUUUUAAUCUCAAUUUUGUCGAUGAUGGUUAUUUAAUGAAAAAUGAUCUUGCCGAACUACGAGCUAGUGGCCAAAUCCUCAUGGAAUUUGAGACGAUGAAGCUUGAGGAUUUCUGGUGUGCUCAAUUCACGGUGUUUCCAAACCUGGCAAAGGCAGCUCUAGAAAUCCUCAUGCCAUUUGCAACUACAUACCUUUGUGAGAUGGGCUUUUCAUCACUUUUACAUUUCAAAACAAAGUCUAGAAGUGGCUUUAGUGUGAGUGAUGACAUCCGUGUGGCUAUUUCAAAAAAAGUUCCUCGUUUCUCAGACAUCAUCGAACAAAAGCUGCAGUUGCAGCAAAAGGCACUGUAAGCUUAACACUUUUUUAACGUGUAAUUUUUAAUAUAUUCUUAAUAACUAUUGUAAAAUUAAGCUGUAAUUGUUUUCCUUCCUUUUAUAUUUAUGGUACACUGAAUUCUGUGCUUUAAAAAUUAGGUACUUCAGCUUUCAAUAAGGCAUGUGAAAAUAUGUUGUGGUUUUUGUUUUUUUGUUUCUGUGUGUAUAUAAGUGUGUUUUGAGAGGAACACAAACAGCAGAAAAGAUUACCAGUACCUGGUUGAUACGUAAGGAUUUUUCAAUACUGAGUAUCUAUGUAACCUGUUGAUACAAUACAUAAAAAGGACCCAAGCUCUAGAAAAUCCAGCUAACUGAUGGGCUAGGAAUUGAGCCAUGAGGAAAGAGAAGAUCUCCUAGAAAUUGACAACGCAGUGACAGCUAACUCCUGCCCUUUUAAAUGCACUCUUUGGAGCUAGUCUCAAUGCCCAUUCCCCCAGCUCCAAUGCUCUCAUUACCAGGAUAUUAAUAAAUACCAUAACAUAUUACUCACUUCAUCUUUUAAAUUACUGCAGCAUUCCAGGUCAUCAAAACUGCUGAAAAGGAAAUUCCUGAGCCUUACCCUAGAGAUUAUCUUUUAUUAGUCCUGCAUAAGAUCAAGGAGCCACAUUCCUCUUUUUUGUUUGUUUGGUUGGUUUGUUUUUUGCAGUAUUGAAGAUCAGAUGCAGGGCCAGUGCUCUACUGUGGAGCUAUACUCUCAGCCCUACAUCAUCCUUAUUAUUUCUGAGACAGGAUCUCAUUGAGUUGCCCAGGCUGGCCUUGAACUUGUGAUACUCCUACCUCAGCCUCCAGAAUACCUGGGGUCACAGGCGUGUACCACCACACCCAGCUGAGGAUCCUCAUUCUUCACUGGUUCUCCAGAUGGUUCCCAUGGAUUUUUGGUCAUCUGACUGCAGCUUAUUUCCCUAGAUCUAUUUUUCCUUUCCCCUAAUUCCUCAGUUACAUUACAUCUUUAACCUAUAUAUUUUUUUCUAAGAUUGCUUAAAAUUUUUGAAUAGGCCAGAGUAUGGAUUAUAAAUAAAUUGACAUAAAAUCACUAACAUAAUUCAGGGUCACAUCAAAAAAUUUCCCCAUGGGAAUCUAAGUUAGUAUAAUUUUUCUGAACAAUGAUUUGGCAAAAUAUAUAAUUUUAAAUUUAAACAUUUACAUUUUCAUUCUAAAACUGUAAAAGCACUACGUGUCAAAGACCAGCGGAAAACUAAUAGUAGAGAGCACUCUAUGAGAAGCCACAGUCCCUUCCUGCCAAUUACCUUAUUUUUUUCUGCUUUAACUUCUUUGGUUCCACUUAUCUCUAAUAUGUUUAUACUAAGCACAUAUGGAAGUUUUUAUUUAUCAGCUUUAAAAGUUAUAUAUUGACUCGAGAUAACAGGUAAGGGUUGAAUUUGUAAAACAUCCAUCUCCCUCUGGCUAUUCAUCCCAAUUUUUUUAUUAUUGUACUACUUUUAGUUCCUUUAAUAGUUGUGUACGGCAAUUUGAUUACAAAUUUUUCCCUCUAGAAUUUUAUUGCAUGGAAAGAAUCAGAGAUGUCCAAAAAGUUUUAUUUUUAAGAUAGCUAGUCCCAACUUUUUUGUAAUUGAAGGGGAAAAAAAAAAAAAGGAACACUAAAGGGGAGUGGACUUUGACUACCAAAUUUAGAUGCCACUUGAAUACUGAAAAUUAAAAAGUUUAUAUUUUCUACACAAAACUCAGUGUUAUCAUCAUGUAUAAAAAUUCUUUUAUCAGUAUAUUAAUUAGCAGGCCUUCAUUUAAAAACAUAAAUAUAAAAUAUAGGUCUGUCUUUUUCCUAUUAUAGUCUAACAUCAAAAGCAAUGAUAAAAAUUUCCAGAGCUAAUAUAGGAAUAAUCUAGAUGCAAAUAAAUAAAUAGAGUUUAAUUUGUAUGUGAUUCUGAAGACAGGUGGGGGGUAUGGAAAAAAGACUGUGCAAAGCCUGCAACUUCAUAGUUCAGUAGCGGGAUCCGGGUAACACGGCCUUUGGCAGCCAUCUUCCAUCAAGUCUACUAGACUCUCUCUCAGAUUAAUUAAGUUAUUGUUGCUCCAAAACAAAAACCCAAAGGAAAGUUUUAAGGAAACGGUUUUAAAGGGGCUUUUAGGUCAUUUUCAAAUUCUUUUAACAGUUUAUUUUCCCCUGACCAAAUGAAAGAGACUAUGUUGGCUAAAAUGAAGAAGAAACUUAGAUUAAAGCAUAUAUUGGCACAUAUAAGUCAUAUGUGAUCAUUUAUUUGUUUCCAAGGAAGAGGCCUGGGUUUACUUGUUUUUAUUGUGUAAUUAAAGUUAUGGAUAAUUUUCAAAAGGGAGUUCUGAUAGAAUAGAGAUGCAAUCUUUAUGACCAGCAGAUGUCACUCUCCCUGCAGGUUUGGUUGAAAGCCGACUUACCUUCAUAACAGAUUUUGCCAAAAUUCUGAUUUUAAACAUCUCUAGAGGAGAUAUUAGUGACUCAAAUUAAAAGUGUCCAACCUGAGCCUCUGCUGGCUUGGAAUUAGAAGACAGAACUCUGGUGGAACCAGGAAGCUCCAGACUGUAAGAAAUCACUGGGAAAUGCAGUGGAAAAAAAAAAAAAAGGAGAUAUAAAUGGCUUUUCUCUUAAAACUGGUGUGAAUGUGGAUUUUCGACAUUUUGGCUGCUUUUUUAAGCCACUAAAAUCUGCUUAAUGUGGUGAGUGGGUCAGCAUUUCAGACAUAAUCCAUUGGGAAUCAAAACCAAAUAGACAUACGCUUUUAAAGCAUAAACUUUAUGGUACUUGAAUUAUAUUUCAAUUUAAAUGUAGGCUCUGUUUAUAGUAUAGAGUCUUUUUAGCACUGAGUUAUAUUAAAUAUUGUAAACUUGGCUUUAAUAUCUGCAGGAUUUGGAAAUCUAGAGAGGGCUUUUGUUAGAAGGAAAUGAUAAACGAAAUUGUGAUUGCUCCAUAAGUCAACUUGACGCCACUUCCAAAAACCUCCCAAUAUUCCAAACCUUAAUACCACCCACCCCCACCUGCAAAAAUAUGCCUAGUUUUUCUGUUUGAAAACCUUAAAAGUCCAAUUUUAGGUUUUCAAAGUCCAGCUUAAUUAAAAGGGCAGUAUAAAACUACUAUUUAAUACAUUGUACUUUGUACUUUAUCUUCUGAAAAUAAAGAGAGACCUAAGGUUAUUUUCCUUCUGUUUUACAAACUUUCCACAAAUCUUUCUUAAUUCAUAAAUGAAUUUAAGUCCUGGCUUGCUCACUUGGCAUCUAAAAAAACCCUAGUUCUCAGCCUGUAGGAAUUGAGAAGUCUAGCUGCUGAUCAUCUCAUUUUGACCUGUUCAACGUUUGUUUAUUCUUUCACUGGCUUCUUUUAGUAAUAGCACCCUACUUUUUCUAAAGAACUAGCUUCCCCCAUUGUCAAUCCAUAUGGCCCCAUCUUGACUCAAGUCAGCUCUAAUACUUUUGCUGAAGUUAAUGGGGAAGAUGCUACAUAUGCUAACUUACCAGGAGGUGCCUGGAUCUUCCAGUGGUCAAUUUUGCUACAGCAUACAGAGAGGCUACCAAAUGGAGCCAACAGAAAAGAGGAAAAAGUUUCUUCGUGCCAUUGCUCCAAGUACUAAAUACAGACAUACUUUUUUUCCCGUUUUUCAGUUAAAAGAGGUAACAAAUUCCAUUUUUUGCUUGAGCCUGUUUGCUUCCUAUUAUAUACAGCAGGAGAUCUGCCUCAUGUACUUGGUUUCCAAUGUUUUUAUGAAUGAGUAAUGGGAAAGUUUAGACUCAAUUAAUUUUAUUACAUGAUUUUGGACAAUACUUGCCAGUUCUGGGCCUCCAUGUUCUUCUCUAUAAGAUGAAUAGUUACAUAGGUUUUUCCCUAUAGUAUCUUUCUUUUUUUUUUUUUUU